GCGGAAGUUGCGUCAGGUUGUUUUGGUGUGUUGUCCUGGCAGCAGCGGUUAGCUACGUCAGCAUAUUUAGCUUCAGACAGAAACAUGUCCGCAGCCGAAGACGACACGGAGCUGCGGGACCUGCUGAUCCAGAACCUUGAGAACAGCGGAGCUCUGAACAAGCUGAAGGCGGAGAUGAGAGCGGCGGUGUUCCUGGCAAUGGAGGAGCAGGACAAACUGGAGAAUAAAAGUCCGCUGGUCAAUGAGAGCCUGAAGAAAUGUCUCAACACCAAAGACGGUCGUCUGGUGGCGAGUCUGAUCGUGGACUUCCUGCAGGUCUUUAACCUGGACUUCAGCCUCGCCGUCUUCCAGCCAGAGAUUAACUCUGCGAGCUGUCUGGAUGGGCGGGAUCAGGUCUGCAGCGAAUUCGGCCUCUCCGACUCUGACCUGAACAGGAAGUCUCCGCUGCUGCUAGAGCUCGUCAGGAGGGGGCGCCACCGGGACAAAGCGGCCUCCUUGGCUGAGGGAAGAGGAAGCAUUCCCAAGGAGCUGACUCAGAAACAGAUCACCAACGCCAAGAAGAAGUUUGACUUUUACGACAAGGACCACAGCGGCUCAGUGCUGAGAGAAAAUCUAAAAAAUGUCUUCACUGAUUUGUUCCCCGCUGUGAACAGGAAAAUGUUGGAGAGGUUCGUCACUGAUGAGCUCAGAGCCUCAGACAAAGACUUUUCUUCAACUAUAGACUUCCAGCAGUUCCUCGGGAUGUACCGACAGCUGUUCUCUCAGUGCAGGAGUGUGGUGCUUCAGGACUCUGAUAUGGGUGUGGCUCAUAGCCAGUUACCUGAGCAGAAAGUCAGCCCUCCACCUGUCAGUAAGAUCCCCAGGUAUAAAGGCCUCAGAGGACAAAGUCAGACAGCAGCCCAGGACUCGGAGCGCUCUCUGAGAAAAGGAGACUUCCAGCAGAAGGAGGAGACCUCCGCCGACAAGAGAGAGCACCUGGACCUGGACCUGGAGGGGGAGGAAGACCUCGAUGAAGGAGAUUCUUUCUUUGACGACCCACUGCCCAAACCGCAGAAGACCUAUGGCUGCCUGUCUGUGCUGGAUGCUGACUCAGAGGGCGAGCGAGACGAGCCUCUCUCUGAUCCCUCUGAGCUCAGGAAGGGGGACGUGUCCGGAUCCAGGGGGAGUCCAGCAGGGUCGCUGUCCGAGGCUCAGAGACCGGCGUCAGGAGGAGGACAAAGCAGCAUGUCGGAGCCAAACCUCAGCAGGAACGGAGCGUCUCAGGACAAAGACAGAGGCUUCAAGGCUCCAAAUGACAGAAGUGGAUCUCUGCACUUAGAUGACGAAGUCGAGUACUACGAUGACUUCAACAGUCACCGCUCUGACCUCUCCAAGAGCGAGCUAAGCAUUGGCGAGGAGAUCGAGGAGGUUUCCAUUGAGGGCCCCGACCACAGUGACAAGGUGGAUGAAUCCACUCAGGACGUCAGCGUCUCUCAGCUCACUCAGAGUCAUGGAGCCGACUACAUGGAGGACGUGGGCUGAACCUCCCAUCAUGCAUCUCUUCUUUGUAUCCUGAUAUUUAAGCAUGUACAGUCUCAGUGAAGAAUAAACUCUGUGUUCAUAAAUAAAUAGAUCCUGCUUGGGUUUACUGUGUGUGUGUAUAUGUGUGUGUGUGUGAGAGCAUAUGUGUGUGUGUCUGUGUGAGAGUGUGUGUGUUUAUGGGGGAAUAAAACAGAGAUAAGUAAAAAGCAGAAACAGAGUCUGAAGGUUGAUUUUGAACCCUGGCUGACCUCAGACGACCAGACGACCUGAGCAGGUACGAUUGUUCUUGUUUUGAAGCUCCGGCUCGACUGUUUCUCGUUUCUCAGUGAAAAUGAAGCAGGGUGAGAGGUUGUUGGUGCUCAGGGCUGAUUUUAUUGCUCAGAGGCAUCUGUGCCUUUUAAACUCCUCGGGUUCACUUUAAAGACAAAACAAACAAAUGGUUUCCUGUUUCACACUCUGUGGUGGGGAGGAGCUUAUCAUUUCCCUGCCCUGGUAUUUGAUUCCGCAACAACCUGGUUAAUCAAUCUUACCAAUAAUGCUCGGAUACACGGCACACAACAGCAACAACCACAAGUUACCAAAAUAGCUAUAAAAACGGACAAAGAAACCCUAAUGGACAUGAAACAACCAGUGGUGGGCAAGUUACUUUGAAAAAGUAAUUAAUUAUAGUUACUAGUUACUUCUUCAAAAAAGUAACUGAGUUACAAGAUUCUAAAAGUAAUUAAUUACUUGAAAAGUAACUAUUGCGUUACUUUAAAAAAAAAAAAAGUUUAACCAUGGGGUCCAGGUUAUAAUUGGCCAUU